CAAAGCGCAUCAGGGCCACGUUCAUUCUCCACUGGAGGGCGAGUGGUACAAGAGCACCGGGACACUCCGGCAGCAGGGAGACAGGGCAGAGAGUCGGAGGUCGACGGGAUAGAGAAGCAGCCACUGGAAGACACACGGGCAGAGACGCAGACAGACAGACAGACAGACAGAGAGAAUAUCCCGACCCGGACUCUGCAAAGCAUCGUUUCUUUUCGCCGUCGGAUUAAACCCGUCCCCAACACCGAUAUCAAGCCAAGACAUGAGCUCCUCCCACUGAAUGUUAUUGAUGCUGAACUGAGUGGUCCAGUGCAGUCCUGCAGUGUUUCCCCUCCCCUCAAUUUUCUGUCCCUCUGUCACUUGGUUUGUGAGCAGCCAUGACAAAGUCCUACGAGUUUAACUGGCAGAAGCACCUGCCUGAGUUCAUGCAGGAUGGCGCCUCCUUCGACAGGUUUGAUGAGGACUACAUCUUUGAGCCCAAUUGUCAGAUGACGGUGGACGAGUUUGGCUUUUUCAUCUGCUGGAAGAGUGAGGGAAAGGAAGGCCAGGUUCUCGAGUGUUCCCUCAUCAACAGUAUUCGUGUCGGUGCAGUCCCCAAGGACCCAAAGAUCUUGUCAUCAUUCGAGGCCAUUGGAAAGACGGAGGCAGACCUGGAUGGCUGCAUCAUCUGCAUCUGCAGCGGCACAGACCUGGUCAACCUCAACUUCAUGUUCAUGGUGGCGGAGAACCCAGACACAGCCAGGAAGUGGAUCGAGGGUUUGAGGUCCGUGAUCCACAACUUUAAGGCCAACAACGUCUGUCCAAUGACCUGCCUCAAGAAACAUUGGAUGAGAAUGUGCUUUCUGACCAAUGUGAAUGGGAAGAUUCCUGUGAGAGGCAUUACUCGAACAUUUGCAUCUGGAAAGACAGAGAAGGGGAUCUUUCAGGCUCUGAAAGAUCUUGGCCUUCCUAGUGGAAAGAAUGAUGAGAUCGAACCAUCAGAUUUCACCUUUGACAUUUUCUACGCGCUCACACAGAAGAUCUGCCCUCGCACAGACAUAGAAGAACUCUUCAAGAAGAUCAAUGGGAACAAAACUGAUUAUUUAACUGUAGACCAGUUAGUCAGCUUUCUGAAUGAAAACCAACGCGACCCUAGGUUAAAUGAGAUCCUGUUCCCGUUCUACGACCACAAGAGAGCCACGCAGAUCAUCGAGAAAUACGAGAGAGACGAAGAGCUGAAGAAGAAAGGUUACAUGUCCAGCGACGGGUUCUGCCGGUACCUGAUGUCAGACGAAAACGCUCCAGUUUUCUUGGACCGGCUGGAGCUGUACCAGGAAAUGGAUCAUCCGCUGGCCCACUACUUUAUCAGCUCCUCCCACAACACUUACCUGACAGGGCGACAGUUUGGAGGGAAGUCUUCAGUAGAGAUGUACCGCCAGGUCCUGCUGUCCGGAUGCCGAUGUGUGGAGCUGGAUUGCUGGGAUGGAAAAGGAGAGGACCAGGAGCCCAUUAUCACUCAUGGCAAGGCCAUGUGCACAGACAUCCUGUUCAAGGAUGUUAUCCAAGCUAUCAAGGACACAGCAUUUGUGACCUCAGACUACCCUGUUAUUUUGUCCUUUGAAAACCAUUGCAGUAAACCACAGCAGUACAAGAUGGCAAAGUAUUGUGAGGAAAUCUUCGGUGAGUUUCUCCUCAAACAGCCUCUGGAAAACUACCCGAUUGAAUCUGGGCGCCCUUUACCCUCUCCAAAUGACCUCAAACGUAAAAUCCUCAUCAAAAACAAACGCUUGAAACCUGAAGUUGAACAGAAACAGCUAGAGGCAUUUAAGAAACACAUGGAGGCAGGAGAGACCAACACCCCUGCCAUCAUUAUGGGAGAGGAGAAUGAAGAGGACACAGAGAAUGGUGUUGGAGAAAAGGAGAUUGAGGAUAAGGAUUUGAAUUCAGAGGCCCCCAGCAUUCUGUCAGAGGCAACCACUGAGAAAGAGGCCAGUAGCGUUUCCCAGAGUAACGCUGUCCGCUCAACGAAAGAGGAAGAACGCAGCAACAGUAUAAAGAAGGCACCUGACGACGAAGCAACAGAGAUGUCUGAAGCCACAGAAGCAACCGACGCCACAGAUAUCUCAGAAGCAUCUGACCUAGAUAAUAACAAGAAGGUUGCGGAAGAGCCAGAGGACUCCGAAGAGGCUCUCAUAGCUCAGUACACCUACGUAGGAGCCACCACCAACAUUCACCCAUGGCUCUCAGCCAUGGUGAACUACGCACAGCCUGUCAAGUUCCAGAGUUUUGAUGUGGCAGAGGAAAGGAACAUCCACCAUAACAUGUCAUCUUUUAACGAGUCCGUCGGUCUGGGCUAUCUGAAGACGAACGCCAUAGAGUUUGUCAACUACAACAAACGUCAGAUGAGCCGUAUCUACCCCAAAGGGGGCCGGGUGGACUCCAGUAAUUACAUGCCUCAGAUCUUCUGGAACGCAGGCUGCCAGAUGGUCUCACUCAACUUCCAGACCCCAGAUCUGGCCAUGCAGUUGAACCAGGGAAAGUACGAGUACAACGGCUCCUGCGGUUACCUGCUGAAGCCUGACUUCAUGCGGCGGUCAGACAGGAUGUUUGACCCUUUCUCAGAGACGCCAGUGGAUGGAGUCAUCGCUGCAACCUGCAGCGUACAGGUGUUUUCUGGACAGUUCCUGUCUGACAAGAAAAUCGGCACGUACGUUGAAGUCGACAUGUACGGGCUGCCGACAGACACCAUCCGGAAGGAAUUCCGCACACGGAUGGUGAUGAACAACGGGCUGAACCCGGCCUACAACGAGGAGCCCUUUGUCUUCAGAAAGGUGAUCUUACCAGAUCUGGCAGUACUGCGCAUCGCCGUCUACGAUGACAACAACAAGCUGAUUGGCCAGCGCAUCCUGCCUCUGGACGGCCUGCAGGCCGGCUACCGUCACAUUUCGCUGAGGAAUGAGGGCAACAAGCCCCUGUCGUUGCCCACCAUCUUCUGCCAAAUCAUCCUGAAGACCUACGUGCCCGACGGCUUCGGAGCAAUUGUCGAUGCCCUAUCGGACCCAAAGAAAUUCUUGACCAUAGCAGAAAAAAGAGCUGACCAGAUGAAGGCAUUGGGGAUUGACACGAACGACAUAGCGGAUGUUCCCAGUGGAAGCUCAAAGAACGACAAGAAGGGAAAGGGUAAAGGAGACACUGUGAAGGCCAGUGUGACACCGCAGACCAGCUCAGACAUGGCCCAGACCUCCAACUCUGCCCAAAAUAAUACAGCAGAAACCAAGAAGGAUAAUGCACUCGUGCCUAAUGUCAGCAUUGAUGACUUGAAACAAAUGAAGACGUACCUUAAAUUGCUUAAAAAGCAACAGAAGGAGCUCAACACUCUAAAGAAGAAACAGUCAAAGGAUCAAAACACAAUGCAGAAAGCCCACUGCACCCAGAUGGACAAGAUGGUGUCUCAGCAUGAUAAGGAGAAGACAACCCUGGAGAAACUAUUAGAGAAAGCCAUCAAGAAACGGGGGGAAAACAACUGCCAAGAGCUGAAGAAGGAGACAGAGGAUAAGAUCCAAACACUGAUUGCCGAUCACAAAGUCAAGGUAAAGGACAUCACAGCACAGCACACUAAAGAGUGGUCAGAGCUGAUCAGUAGUCACAGCAGCGAGGAGCAGGAGAUGAAGGACAGCCACGUCACGCAGCAGUGCGAACACCUCAAGAAACUCCUAACCACUGUCCAGGAGCAGCAGACCAUGCAGCUCAAACUCAUCCAUGAGCGGCAGAGCAAAGAGAUGCGUGCAAACCAGGCCAAAAUGUCCAUGGAAAACAGUAAAGCCAUCAGCCAGGAUAAGUCCAUAAAAAACAAGGCAGAGAGAGAGAGGAGAGUGCGAGAGUUAAACAGCAGCAACACCAAGAAGUUCCUGGAUGAGAGGAAGAGGCUGGCCAUGAAGCAUCAGAAGGAGAUGGAGCAGCUACAGAAAAACCAGAGAGAACAGUUGGAGAAACUGGAUAAGUUCAAUGAGCAGCUUUUGAAAUCACACCAUGCAAACAAAAAGGUUCAAGGCCAAGGACAUGCAGCAGAUGGUGAAGUUGGAGGAGGAGAUGGACCGCAGACCUGCCACGGUGGUGUGAGCAACUGAGACGGAGACACAAGCACACACACGUAUACAAACACACACGUAACACACACACACGCACAAGUAAACACACACGUA